AUGGCUGUCGACAAUAUCACCCUGAACUCGGCCGAGAACCAGAGCAGCUGUGAUGUGUUUGUCUACCAGAAGGCUGCUGUUGUCCUCUUCCCUAUUUUCUACUCUGUGGUUUUCAUUAUCAGCGCUUGCGGCAACAGCUUGGUUCUCUACGUGAUCUGCCAGAGGAAGCAGAAGUUCAACUCUACCUCCAUCUAUCUGGUCAAUCUCGCACUAUCUGACACCCUGUUCACACUGGCGCUGCCUGGCAGAAUUAUUUACUACAUCCGCCACUUUGACUGGCCCUUUGGUGACAUUCUCUGCAGACUGACCACACUUCUCUUUUUUGCAAAUACGUACGCAGGUAUUGGCUUCAUGACCUGUAUCAGUCUGGAUCGAUACCUGGCCAUGGUGCAUCCGCACCGGCUGCAGUGUUUGCGUAGUGUGCGUGUGGUUCGUAGGGUGUCCUGCGUGGUCUGGGCUCUGGUAUCCUUGCAGAUAGCUCCUCUGCUGUUCAGCAGCAUGCUGCGCGAGCACCAGGGAAGACGAACCUGCAUGGAGUACUUCAACUUCGAGGGCUCCCGCUUCACCCCUUAUCUCCUGCUUCUGGCCUGCGCCUUCUCCUUCUGCAGUCCGCUCGUCGUCAUCAUGGGCUGCUACGCCAAGAUCAACCUGAAGCUGCGAGCCGCAGCCAAGCAGAACUCAGUAAGCGGUCGAUCGAGGAGGAAUCACAGGGCCAACACCAUCAUUCUCCUCAUCCUCCUCACCUUUAUCAUAUGCUUCAGCCCUUACCACCUCAACCUUAUGCAGUUUAUGGCCAGAAAGAUACACCACCAGGCGACCUGCGAGGAACUGAAGGCCUUUAAGGUGUCCUUACAGAUCACAGUUUCACUAAUGAACUUCAACUGCUGCUUGGACCCAGUCAUCUACUUCUUUGCCAUUAAGACCUACAAGAAGCGGGUGUUGAGCCUGUUCAAGGACUAUCUUUAUACUUCCGGCGCCUCCUCCAAAAUGACAGCUGAGAACAGUAGCAGCAACACCUGAGAGAAACCACAGCUGAGCUUACGGAAGAUAUACAAGCAGUGUCACAGAGAAGACCUAGUUUACUCUGUGAAACACAAAAAGGCCUAUUUUAGUCUUCCUCUUUGGAAAUGACUAACAAGUCUUUCACUUAAGUAAUUGUUGUGAUAGUGCAUGUACAUAUGCAGUAGAUCAGUGGUUCUCAACCUUUUCGAGUCGUGACCCCCCACAGUAAUCAGGUCGGUGUUUACGAGUCCCUCGCCUAAUGUAAACAGCUGUUUCUACGUGCCUUCCUCUGCUGAUUUAAGUGAUAAUUAUGAAUGUUCUGAUGAAUAAACGUAGGCUAAAUAAAUAAUGUUUUUUUUUGAUGAUAGUUUAGUUUUGCUUUGUUUCGUUUGAAAAAGCUAGCACCUAGGCGUUUUCCAAUGUGC